UUAGAAAGAGAAUAAAUUUAAAAGAGAACAAUAAUGAAGGAGAGAGUCUAAGGAAGGAAAGAGACGUUGUAUGACUUCUAAUUAAAUCUAAACUUAUUGUGACACUUCAUAUAAGCUCUGUUAAUAAAAUGGCCAAAUUAAUUAAGGUUUUUAGUUUAGAGACUAUUUUAACAUGUUAAUAAUGCAAGUGAAGUAAUAUAAUACAGUUAACAAUUAUCAAUAUCUUAUACAAACCGAGGCAAGCAAUAAUACAAAUACCAUUCUCAAUAUAUAUCUUAUACAAACUCAAGCAAGUGAGUGAAAGCAAUGGGAAUUCCAUCAGAACUGAGGGACAUGUGGAUUGCCAAUAAAAACACAAGUUUGCAGAUUGCUUCUCCUGCAGAAGAGCAGAAGAUGUUGAGGUCUAGUCAAUGUACAGCUGGUGUGCGUGCUGGAUUCAAGGCAGCCGGCAUCGGAUGCGUGACCAGUACCGGGCCUACUUUGGUUGCAGUUAGGAUGAUUCCAUGGGCAAAGGCAAACCUCAAUUAUACUGCUCAGGCGCUUAUCAUAUCUGCUGUAUCUGUUGCGUCAUUCUUUGUUGCUGCUGACAAAAUUAUCUUGGCUUGUGCAAGAAAACAAUCCCUACUGCUAGAAGAAUCUCUGAAACAAGAAAGAUGUUAUGCAGGCAGUUGAAUAUCUUGGGUUUCACACCCCAUUCCUAUAGCACUGAUAAUCAAUCUUAGUUUUUUUUUUCUCUUUUUAUUUGGUUUUCUCAACAGAAUAAUGUGCAAUGAGUGAUAAUCCCAACCUUGGUCAUGGUGAGCUAAUGAGCUAUUACAAAAGCUUUUCUUCUUUCUGAGACAACCUCUAUCCUCUCAGUGGGAGGUUUUUCGUUCUUGAAUAAUAGAUUUUGUCUUGUAUUCAUUUAGUUCAUAUGAUAAAGUGUGAAAUUGUCUAUCUACCCCUUGAUGCUUAGUAGAUUUUAAAAAUCUUUAUAACUUUGUUGAUGGGAAUAAAUUUCUUUAUGACAAACAUGAAAACAUUUAUUCCCAUCCUCCUUAUUCAUAGUAACAAGUAAGCGUGCUCGUGUCCUUA